UGUUGGAUGGAUAGAUGUAUACAUGGAUAUAUAGAUCCAUCCAUAUAUGUCGGAUGGAUCUAUGUAGCCAUCCAGCGUAUAUAGAUGUUGGAUGGAUGGAUAUUGGAUGAAUGCAUCCAACAUCUAUUUAUCCAUCCGUCCAUCCAUCCUGUAAAUCUGACCCAGUCUGGAUGAUGGAUAUUCUACUAAUGAUGCUGAAACUGGAUCAGUAAUAUUAUUUUAAUGGUGUUCUCACUAAUGCAGCCAAGUUGUUGCUGCUUUUCUGUUGUUUCCUUUUUUUUAACACGUUUGUGUUUCAUUUGCACUGAUUACAUUAGUAAUGGGGAAAAGCUUUUAAUUAUUAACCGUGCUUUAAUUUUUUUACCUUGCAAAUAAUUUGAUUCAGGGUUUAAUUUGAGCCACAGCAAGUUAUGCAGUGUCUGAAGAAGAUAAGGCCAGAAAGAAACAUGUGACUUAUGGUCACUUAAAGGAGCUGCUGAUUAAUUAGGUCUAUCCGUCUAUGUAAUGAAUGUGCUGCAGGAGCAGUGCUUUAAUAAUUUUAUUACAGAGAAUUAUUACUUCUCCUCAUGUUACUGUAAAAGGCAAAUUACUUCUGCUGGUAUUUAUUUCUUUACAGAUUAAUUUCCCUGUUUCCUAAUUUUAAUCUGUAACAAUUUAGACCAGUUUUCUCCUUGUUCUUCAACAAAAUUAUAUCAGAUUUAAAUGUUUUUUUUUUUUUCCAGUCCCUUAUAUUCAACAUCAUAAUAUCAAAGAUAAGAAAAAAAGCUAAAUGUUAUUCUCUUGCCUCGUUUAUAGCAUCAUUUUGGUCAAAAGCUCCUUUGUUGUUGUUUUUUUUUUUAAUGUCACUGAUGUUAAAGUUUUCCUCUGGGAACCACACAGCUUCUUUGUUCCAACUCUGACUGAAUGUCUGCAGCUGCAGCUUGCUGUUUUUUUUUUUUAAACUGUGCUUUUAUUGUGAAGAGUCUGAGCAGAUGCCCUGGCCGGUUAGAGCACAGCCUCGUCUUUUCUACUCAUCGUCUGUCACUCAUCCACUGCUCUUCUCUCAGUCCACCACUUCGUUCAGUGAAUCAGGAGCUUCCCUUCACCGGCCGCGCCCUCCGACUAAAAGGGAUAUUGAGUUUAGUGAGGAUGAAGAGGGGGAGUAUGAGGAAGAGGAGGAGGAAGAAGAGGAGGAGCUGGAAGUUAAAAGGGGGAAGAAACCAGUAGCUCUUCCCAAGACUAGACAAAAUAUGAGCAGUGAUGAAGAGGAAGAGGAGGAAGAGGAAGAAGAGGAAGAAGAAAAAGAAGAAGAUAAUUAUGUCGAAGAAGAGGAGGAGGAUGACGAGGAAGAGGAUGAAAAUAAGAAGUUCAAAAUGAAAAAAAUGACAUCUGAAGAGCAAAAGCUAGAAAAGAUCAGAGCUGUGCCGACUAAACCAUCAGGAGUGAAAACAGAAGAGAGAAAAGUUGAGUCUAAAGGGAGGAGAGCCAAGGAGAAGGUACCUGGAGGCCAGUGGUUGUUUGAUGAUCCUCUCAUCUCGUAACUCUAGUCGACAGCAGAACUGUAGCGCUGGACGUGUGUGUGUUGUUAGUGAUUUGUUGUUGGUGUGUAGGUUGUGUGUUGUGCAGUAACAGAUGCAGUGUGUGGUCUGUUGUAGGUGAAGCAUGAGAUGUUUCCACCCUAUGAAAACCUCUGUUUAGAAAAAUGUUUCAACUUUAUCAUAUGUGUUUUACUUCAAACUGAAAGCAACAAUUCUCUAAUUAUUGCAAAAUGACAUUCAUGUUAAUUCAACUGUUUAUAACAUUUCUUUAUCGUGUCAGUCUAUGGCCCAAAACUCACAACUUGACUUUUCACGCUGCGACCAGACAUUUUCUUCAGCAUAAACAGAAACUCAAAGCUGCUCAAACACCAUUUCUGUUUUACUCUUUCACUUUUUUCACAUCCUACUACU